AUGUCCGACUCGCAAUCCUCCUCCUCCCGCUUUCUAGCCCCCGCUCCUGGCCAGCCCCCAACUGCCAAGGUGGCGGACAAUGUAGUUCAGGGUCGCAAGCACAAGACCACCGCCUGCAAGGCGUGUAAACAGAAGAAGCUCAAGUGCAGAGGUGAUCCACCAUGUCAACACUGCGUGGCAAACGGCAUCCCGUGCCUGGUCGACGAGAUGGCCGACAUGCGUCGCAAAUACGCAAUGAAGCGGAAAUUGGACCGUCUCGAACAAGCGGAAGAGACGCUGCUACGACUCAUUGACGCGCUCCGGGAAAGUGAGAGCAAACGUCUCGCUCAGCUCUUGAAUCUCAUCCGGAGUAAUGCCUCCUUCGAGGAGCUCCAAAUUUUCCUGGAGCAACAAUUCACCGGGCGCGAAAUCGAAUUGUCCCCAGAACUGCGCGAGAUCCAAAGUCAAAUAUCUCGCCCCUCCGACGAUGAUGAGGAGGCGCAACCGCCUUCGCAACCCCGAUCCUCCCGCCGCGUUCUGGAUGUCCGCCGUCUCGCCGAUAAUCCCGUCUAUCAAGUUCCUGCGAAGCCCUGGACAACGGUCACUGACGACGGUGAUCUGGUAUCUCACCUCGUUUCGCUGUGGUUGACCUGGACCUAUCCGUUCUUCCACUGGCUGGAUAAGGAUGCUUUUCUACGGGACAUGCGGGCCGGCAAUCUCGACUGCCGGUUCUGUUCCCGCUUUUUGGUCAAUGCCAUUCUCUCAGAGGCUUGUUACUACUCUGACUAUGCCGAAGUGUUCACCGUUCCCAACGACACGCUCACGCGGGGUGAUCAUUUCUACGAAGAAGCCCGUCGGCUCCUGGAAGAAGAGGAGGGAGGAGCUACAAUACCAACUAUCCAAGGUCUAUUGGUUCUGUUUAUCCGGUAUUGUUGGGCCUGCAGGAUGGCCCUGAUGGGCAAAGACCGAUUGGGUUGGAUGUACCUGGAUCUAGCUAUCCGGGGAGCGGAGGAGUAUGCGGAACGCCAUCCUCCUGGGAUAGCCGGCCAGGAGGCAGACCCUGUGUUCGAAGAGGUCGUGAGUAGGACUCUCUGGGGAGCCUUCAACAUUGCUUCGACGGCGACUGUGUCAUUGAUGAAGCAUAUCAACGUCAACCCCCCGCAGCGUCCACGCAUCCCCGUCACCCACGGCGACCCGGACGAUCUAUGGUACCCAUACCCGCGAGAGGUGGACGCCGUCCGCGGGCAUCACAAUUGUGUUUUCGAUCGAUGGUGCGACUUUUGCUGCAUCAUGAUGCAGAUCAGCCAGGGAUUUCAUGACCCUGAGCACCUGGUUGCCCCGUCUCAGAUGAUCGGGUUUGUUGAUGGCAUCUACAAACAGCUCCAGGAGUGGUACGCUCAUUUGCCACCGUGCUUAAAUGCGGAUGUGGCGACCGUCCCCCACGUUCUGAGUAUCCAUAUGUUUUACCAUACCACCGUCAUGCAGAUCUUUGGGUUUCUCCGAUCCAACCGUGAAGUGGCCCUGGAUGUGUCCACGGCCGCACAUGCACGGCAACUCUGCCUUUCGUCGGCGCGCCGGGUAGCAGCGCUGCUUCGAGUUCAUCGCGACAAGUGGGGCAUCGACCGGAUGGCGCCGUCGACCAUUCAGUGGUGCAGCAUCGGCAUGUUCACCCUCAUGGAGGCGCUGGACUCUACAGAUAACCGCAACGCCUUCGUUGAGCUGUGCAUUAUUGCCCGGGCGUUUUCACGGCGCUUCCCUCUCGCCAAAGGUAUUCUGCGCAUGAUACAGCUCUCCGCGACGCAGACGGAGGUGGCUCUUCCUGAGGAGACCGGCGCGCUAUUUACCGACUUCGAGACGCUGGGCUGGAAGCAGCGCGACGCCGAGGAGUUCAGCAGCUUCUACCCGCAUUUUAGCUCGGUAGUGCAGCAGGGGCCGGCGCGCCAGGGGGACGUGGAUAUGGACCAAUUCCUGGCGAAAUGGGAUGGGUUGAGUCUCUCGCAGACGAACCAGGAUUCGGCCGCGUCGGAGUCCGAUUCGAAGCGAGGCAGCUCGGCUGACUGA